AUGCCUGGACCGAGUAAACGGUGGGAGGAGGAGGAAGACUCCUCCAGCUCCGCUCCGGAUUCUCCCCCUACCGCCCCAGCACGGCGCGGGAAAUUCGAUGACGAGGAGGCCGAGGACAGCGAUGUUCUAGAAUCCUGGGACGCUGCCGAGGACUCCGAGGUCGAGCGUGAGAAAGUCAAGAAGGCUGAGGAGGCGAAGGCGAAGGCCGAAGCUGAAGCUGCUGCGAACAAGAAGUCUAAGGCUCAGCGCAUUGCCGAGCGCCAAGCUGAGCGACUUCGUAUACUCGCCCAAGCCGAUGAUGAUUCGAGCGACGAAGAGGAGACCGAGGCCCAAAAGCGUGAGCGACUGCGUUCCACUGAAAAGGAGUCUGAUCUUCGUCAUGCCGAGGACCUCUUUGGCGCAAUCGGAAUCAGCAAUCGCAAGGCCACGACCGCUGGUAGCGCUGUCGUGAUUGACGCAAACGACCCAAAUACUACUGUGGACUUGGCUUCGCUGCCACUCUUCAAGCCUUCCAGCAAGACACAAUUCGAACAAUUGCGUAGCACCCUCGUCCCGAUUCUGCUCGACAGCUCCAAGAAGCCCCAAUACGUCCUUUUCCUACAGGAAUUUACCAAGCAACUCGCCAAGGACCUUCCUAGCGACCAGAUCAAGAAAAUCGCGAGCACUCUGACGACACUCAGCAACGAGAAGAUGAAGGAAGAGAAGGCUGCUGAGAAGGGCGGGAAGAAGUCCAAGGCAGCCAAGACGAAGACUACCCUUGUCGGUGUAAGCCGUGCACCCGCCGCGGACGUGAAUUCGUAUGAAGAUACGUUUGCAGAUGAUGACUUCAUGUGA